GCCGGCAGAGUGAGAGUAGCUGCUGCGUUCCUGGCCACCUUCGUCUGCGUUACAACAGUGCGGCCAUGGCAGAACUGCAGCCCGCGUCCGGCGGCCUCACCGAUGAGGCCGCCCUCGGCUGCUGCAAAGACCCGGACCCCAGCACCAAGGAUUUUCUCUUGCAGCAGACCAUGCUGCGAAUUAAGGAUCCUAAGAAGUCAUUGGACUUUUAUACUAGAAUUCUUGGAAUGACACUACUCCAAAAAUUAGAUUUUCCCACUAUGAAAUUUUCACUCUAUUUCCUGGCUUAUGAGGAUAAAAAUGACAUCCCAAAAGAUAAAGAUGAAAGAGUAGCAUGGGCAUUCUCCAGAAAAGCUACACUUGAACUGACACACAAUUGGGGCACUGAAGAUGAUGAGGCCCAGAGUUACCACAGUGGCAAUUCAGACCCUCGGGGAUUUGGUCACAUUGGAAUUGCUGUUCCUGAUGUUCAUGGUGCUUGUAAAAGAUUUGAAGAACUGGGAGUCAAAUUUGUGAAGAAACCUGAUGAUGGUAAAAUGAAAGGCCUGGCAUUUAUUCAAGAUCCUGAUGGCUACUGGAUUGAAAUUUUGAAUCCUAACAAAAUGAUAACUAUUAUUUAGUUCUGUGAGAAUGCUGCUUUGAGAUUUCAGUGAAGACAUUGUGGAAGGUAAAAAAGGAGACAAUGUGA